GCAUCAUCGUUCCUCUGACUUUCGUGUUUGUAUUUUUUACCUGCUCGUCACUCAUCGUACCUGUAUGUGGAGCAGCUGCAGUAAAAUAAGAAACUUAUUUUAAAUUCCUGAUUUUAGAGUUUUAACAUAGAAUUCAAAGUUUCUAAAUUAGCUCCUCGGACCACAGUUUGAGAACCAGUCUGUAAAAUUUAAAUAAUCUAAUAUGCAGAUGAAUGGUCCUGGUCUUGGUCUUGGCCCUGGUCUGACCCCGCUGUCUGUGGAUAUAAAUACUGGGACUCCUCAGACUGACUGGGGGUGCUUUUUUUCUGACACCUGACACCCAACAUGGGCGUCUUUUAAGCACCGGUCGGCUGGGAGGUGUCGGGUGAAGUGAAUGAAGCGUUCCUUGUUGUGGCUGCACGUGUCGUUGUUAUAAAAGAGGGAGCGCUUGUUUUGAAGCUGAGCAGAGGAUAAAGGGGUUUGUGUGGAUCAGGGUGCGCUUGGUUGAUAUCUCAUCACCUCCAGGGGAGGUGGGUUAAUGAUUGAGGGUCAGCUGGUGACUCAUUGACUGAAGAGGCUCUUUAACUCAGCCAGACUCUGCCGGCUUUCACUCAGUCUGAGGAUGUUUGACCUUUAGUCAGCUCGUCUUUUAGUCCAUUCUGUUGGACUUCACCUUCUUUUAUUCAUCCACUUCUUAACUCUGCUCAGCUCCACCCGGCCGGUCACCUCCCUUUAGUGGAGGAAGAAGAGGAGUGGCUCCUCAACCUGCAGAGUUACUUUAAAGCUCUCAAACUAACUUCUGACAGAUCAGCACAGAUCAUCGCUCAGUGAGACAAAACUUCAUCUUCUGGGACCAGAUCCUCUUCAGGACCAGAACCAGGACCAGGACCAGAAUCAGCAUCAGGAGCUCAGGGAGUCUGGCUGCCUGUCUGCAGCAAUGGUUGAUGGGAAGCCGCAGAGCGUUGUGGCGUCACAUCUGGACGGAGGAUGGGGCUGGGUGAUUGUCGGCUGCUGCUUCAUGGUGACGGUCUGCACACGGGCAGUGACCAGGUGUGUCUCCAUCUUCUUUGUGGAGUUUCAGGCUCAUUUUGGAGCCGACUACUCAGCAACCGCCUGGAUCCACAGCCUGGUGGACUGCACCACCAUGCUCUGUGCUCCUGUCGGCAGCCUGGUUGGUAACCGUUGGUCAUGCCGCGUCUCAGUGAUGCUCGGCGGGCUCCUGUCCUCCUGUGGGCUCCUCCUCAGCUCCUUCAGCACCAGUCUGGAACUCCUCUACUUCAACAUGGGAGUCCUGACAGGUGUGGGCUUUGCUCUCUGUUACACCCCGGCCAUUGCCAUGGUCGGCUGUUACUUCCGUCAGCGGAAGGCGUUGGCGUACGGCAUCGCCAUGUCGGGCAGCGGGAUCGGCACCUUCGUGUUGGCGCCGGUGGUGCAGCUGCUCAUCGAGCUGUACUCGUGGAGAGGGGCGCUGCUCGUCCUCAGCGCCUUUGUCGCCAACCUCUGUGUGUGUGGGGCGCUGCUUCGACCAAUCACAGUGCGGAAGGAUGAGGAGGAGGCGGCGGGGAAGGAGAGACUUGGUCACAUCUCGGACGCCGAGCUCGCACUCAAACUGUCCAACCAAUCAGAGGACAGCCUUUUGUCACCAGCCAAGUCUUCGUCACCUUCGUCCCUGCCCUUACUGUCGGGAAACCCCGCCCCUCAGCUGCAGAGGAGGUGGUGCUUCAGCUCCUGCUUCCUGUCCAGUAAAGAAUACCGUUUCCUGCUGUUGCCGGACUUCCUGGGCCUGGCCUUGUCCUUCCUGUUCCUGGCGUGCGGCUGCAGCCUCCCCUUCGUCUACCUGGUGCCGUACGCUCUGAGCGGCGGGGUCAGCCAUCAGCAGGCCGCCUUCCUCAUGUCUAUCCUGGGAGUCAUCGACAUCGUCGGGAACAUCACGUUCGGCUGGCUGACGGACCGAAGGUGUUUGAAGCCGUACCGCCUGGCGUCGUACGUCUUCUCGGUGGGGAUGGAGGGUCUCUGCUGCCUCUUUGUGCCGUUGCUUCGGUCCUUCCCUCUCCUCAUACCCUUCGCCGUCCUCUACGGUUACUUCGACGGCGCCUACGUGGCACUGAUCCCCGUGGUGACAUCAGACCUCGUGGGAACUCCGUACCUGUCCUCGGCGCUGGGCGUGGUCUACUUUCUCCACGCCAUCCCUUACCUUGUGAGCCCGCCAAUUGGAGGUUGGAUGGUUGACCUAACAGGAAGUUACACGGCCACCUUCUUCCUCAGUGGUGCUGCCAUGCUGGCCAGCUCGCUCGUCCUUUCUAUUGUUGCUGUGAUUCGCCACUGCCGCCGCAAGAUGACCACCAUCAUUAAUGACACCAAGCACUAGCUCCACCCCCACAUCCUGUCCAACCAAUCAGAAUGCUUCAUCACCUGUAACAAGGUGACGGUCACACAGGUGAUGAUGAGGAGGGCUGUGAUUGGCCAAGGCAGGCGACAGUCAAACACUUCACAGGAAGUGGGUCUGUUUAGAGUCUGCUGAAGGCCAAUAACACUGUGACAAGCUUUUAUUUUGUAGUAAACGACUUCCUGUUCCUGUGUUUUUAAAUUGUUGUAAAGCUCGCCAUCAGUUCAGUCACAUGAUGGACGAGCUAACAGGAAGCUGCCCGUGGUCUCAAACAGGAAGUGACUUUGCUCAGGUUGAACUGCAGCUGUGCCAAAGCUCAGCUGUUUCCUGUUUGUACCUGAGACUGUUUAUAUUUUAGAAAUGUUUGAAAUGACCCUGGUGCUCUAUGGAAGAUUUAAAAUGCCAAAAUAAACAAAAGAAUAAUAUUUUAGUUUGUUAAAUGUUAUGUCACAACGUUAAUCUGACGUCUGUGACCUCCUGCUGACCCACACUGACCUGUGAUCAGGUGAACGGUGUCUCUGUCAUUCGUACGUCUG